CUAAUGCUGACCUUGAAAGCUGGAAGCAUAUUCCUGCAGGCCAAGCGGCAGGUUCUCCCCUGAAUCUGCUUGCCACAGCCACAUCCUCACGACUCUUCUGCAACACACAAGAGAUGCCGUGGUAUGACCAUUGCGCAGCCAAAAGGGACUUAAUCAUCAGGAUUCAGCAGCCAAGAAACAACGAGGAUACAGGGCUCUUUUCUUGUUUUGCCGCAUCAUCAAUUCAUCAUCCUUGGUCCCAUGGUUCAGGGAGUUAUUAUGCACAGAUUAGGAAGCACAAUUCUUCUUCUUCUGGUAAUACUAUGUGUGGUGUUGCUGUUAGAAGGGGCAGCAGCUUGUUCAGGCGGGCGAUGCGAGCUCGGCGACCGAUGUUCGUCAGAAGGAGACUGCGGGUCUGAACUCUACUGCUACAACUGCUGGAUCGAGUUCGCCGGCAAAAGGUGCGUCCGGACGACGGUCGCCGACCCGUUCAAGAUAGCUGACACAUCGUUGCCGUUCAACAAGUACGCGUUCCUGACGACGCACAACUCGUUCUCGAUCCGCGGCGAGCCGUUCCACACCGGAGUGCCACGGAUCACGCUCUACAACCAGGACGAUUCCGUCACCGAUCAACUGAAUAACGGAGUCCGGGCGCUGAUGCUGGACGUGUACGACUUCCGCGACGACAUUUGGCUUUGCCACUCAAAGGGAGGGAAGUGCUUCGACUUCACGGCGUUCGAGCCGGCCAUCGGCACCAUGAUGGAGGUCGAGGCGUUCCUGUCGGCGAACCCGUCGGAGAUCGUGACGCUGAUCCUGGAGGACUACGUCAGCUCUGACCACGGCCUGUCCAAGCUGUUCCACAGCGCGGGCCUGACCAAGUACUGGUUCCCGGUGUCGAGCAUGCCGCGGGACGGCGGGGACUGGCCUCGCGUCCGUGACAUGAUCAGGCGCAACCACCGCCUCCUCGUCUUCACCUCCGACGAGUCGAAGGAGCGGGCCGAGGGGAUCGCCUACCAGUGGAACUUCAUGGUCGAAAACCAGUACGGCGAUGGCGGGAUGAGCUCUCGCGCGUGCCGCCGCCGCGCCGAGUCCCUGGCCCUCGACAGCCGGACGAGGUUGCUGAUCCUGGUGAACUACUUCCACACGGUGCCGCUCCGGGUGACGGCGUGCGUGGAGCACUCGCUGGGGCUCGCGGACGUGCUCCGGGCGUGCCACGCCGCCGCCGGCGACCGCUGGGCCAACUUCCUGGCCGUCGAUUACUACAAGAGAAGCGACGGCGGCGGCGUGUUCGAGGCCACGGACAUGCUCAACGGGAUGCUCAUCUGCGGCCGCGACGACGUGCGUGCGUGCGCGAAACGAACUCUCAAGGACGUGCUGUAUGGCCUGCUCGGCAAGGCUGGGCUGAUGCCGGGUCACGGUGGGACGAGGAGGACAUGAGAAGUCGUUCGGUUCUUGUUGGUUGUGCUUGUCAUGCACUCAUGUCGCGUGUGCAGCAAUGCGUGAGAGAUUGGAUUGGGUGCCAGGGAGGACGGACAGGACCAGCCUUGCUGCGCUAUUACUGUACUCCAUUGUGGUUGCAGACUUGCAGCCAUGAUGGUUCGAGGAAAAGAACUGUAGCUAGCUAUGCACAUGGCCAGGAAGUUAUUGCUGCAGUACUGAUUAAGCCAUGGUAGUAUGGCACUGACACUGAUGUUGUCGAGAGAGAAAGGUUGUUGCUCCAUGCAGAGAUUGGGUAGGUGCGGGUGGGAUCGGGACAUUCGUAGACAUUUGUAGUAUGGUGCUGAUAUUGCUGGUACUGUCGAGAGAGAAAGGUUGUUGAUUCAUGCAGACUUGUCAUUA